AUGGAUCAUCGGCAUCACAACCACGACGGCGCCGCCAUGUACUACACCGGCUGCACGAGCGCCGCUAAUCCCUCCUCCUCAUCUUCGGACUCAUUUCCAUCCGAGAUGAGCAGCGGUGCCAUGUACUACGCCGGCGGCUACACGAGCGCCGCUAACUAUACCUCCUGCUCCUCCUCGGACUCGUUUCCAUCCGACCUGAGCAGCGGCGAGACCAUCUACGCCCCUGAGCCGGAGAGGAGGCAGCUGAAGUCACCGGCGGCGUCUUUCAUUGGCGUGCGGACGCGGCCGUGGGGCAGGUUCGCGGCGGAGAUCCGGGACUCAACGCGGGGCGGCAAGCGGGUGUGGCUCGGCACGUUCAGCACUGCAGAGGCCGCGGCCAUGGCGUACGACCAGGCCGCGCUAUCGUCCCGGGGCGCGGCCACGGCGCUUAACUUCCCAGUAGAGCUCGUCCAGGAGUCGCUCGACGCCCUCGCGCUGGGCACCACCGCCACCACGCCCACGGGCACGGGCGGCUCGCCUGUUCUAGCGCUCAAGCGGCGGCACUGCAAGAGGAGAAGGCGCAACAAGGCCGAGCUAGCGAACGACGCGGCGGCGGCGCGCAGGAAGAAGAAGGGCGGCGGCGAAAUGGCCGUCGAGCAGCGGUUCGUCGUGGAGCUGGAGGACCUGGGCGCCGACUACCUGGAGGAGCUCCUCAGGAUCACCGACGACGACACGCUUCAGCUCGAAGUACCAGCAGAUGCGUUUGUGCAGUACGAUGAAUUGUUACAUUGCCAAUCGAUGGUCUAG